GGGAGGGUGAGGCUGUUCCCCACCCCCAGCGCGCGGACCCGAGAUGCCGCUCUUCGCCACCAACCCCUUUGACCAGGAUGUGGAGAAAGCAACCAGUGAGAUGAAUACUGCAGAGGACUGGGGCCUCAUCUUAGAUAUUUGUGAUAAAGUUGGACAGUCGCGCACAGGGCCUAAGGAUUGCCUUCGGUCUAUUAUGAAGAGAGUGAACCAUAAGGAUCCUCAUGUUGCUAUGCAAGCACUGACACUUCUAGGAGCAUGCGUAUCAAACUGUGGUAAAAUCUUUCAUUUAGAAGUAUGUUCGAGAGAUUUUGCUAGUGAAGUAAGCAAUGUAUUGAAUAAGGGUCAUCCAAAAGUUUGUGAAAAGCUAAAAGCCCUCAUGGUGGAAUGGACAGAUGAAUUCAAGAACGACCCACAGCUUAGUCUAAUAUCUGCCAUGAUAAAAAAUCUUAAGGAACAAGGAGUUACAUUUCCAGCUGUUGGUUCACAGGCUGCAGAACAAGCAAAAGCAAGCCCAGCUCUAGUAGCCAAAGAUCCUGGUACAGCAGCUAACAAAAAGGAAGAGGAAGAUUUAGCAAAAGCCAUUGAAUUGUCCUUAAAAGAACAAAGGCCACAGCAAACAACACUUUCCAGUUUGUAUCCGAGCACGUCAAGCCUCUUAACGAAUCACAAACAUGAGGGCCGAAAGGUUCGCGCAAUCUAUGAUUUUGAAGCUGCUGAAGAUAAUGAAUUAACAUUUAAAGCUGGAGAACUUAUAACUGUACUUGAUGACAGUGAUCCAAACUGGUGGAAAGGUGAAACUCACCAAGGAAUAGGAUUAUUUCCCUCUAAUUUUGUAACAGCUGACCUUACUGCUGAACCAGAAAUGAUGAAAACGGAGAAGAAAACAGUACAGUUCAGUGAUGAAGUUCAAGUAGAGACAAUAGAACCUGAGCCUGAACCAGUUUAUAUUGAUGAAGAUAAAAUGGACCAACUGUUACAGAUGUUACAAAGUGCAGAUCCAACUGAUGAUCAGCCAGACCUCCCAGAGCUGCUUCAUCUUGAAGCAAUAUGCCACCAAAUGGGACCUCUCAUUGAUGAAAAGCUGGAAGAUAUUGACAGGAAACAUUCAGAACUUUCAGAGCUCAAUGUUAAGGUCAUGGAGGCUCUUUCAUUAUAUAACAAGUUGAUGAACGAAGAUCCAAUGUAUUCCAUGUAUGCAAAACUACCAAAUCAACAUUAUUAUAUGCAGUCUUCUGGUGUUUCUGGCUCUCAGGUUUACCCAGGGCAGCCUCAAAGUAGUACAUAUUUGGUGGCAGGGAGUGCGCAAAUGGGCCAUAUUCAAGGCUAUAAUCUUCCCCAAGAGCAACUUCCUUCUCUCAACCAAGGCACGGUUCCUCAAUCGGCAAGCUCAGGACUGCCUAGUCAGCCAGCUCAGACAUCUUAUGCUAAUGCAAUGGUCAGCUCUGUUCCUGGAAGCACAUAUUCCAACCAGGCUUCAAUGUACAGUCCACCUCCUGCUGCUGUUGAUGUUGCUGCUUACCAGAAUGCUGGAACUAAUGUGUCCCAGGUGCCAAACUAUAACUUAGCAUCUUCAUCUCUGCCUCCACCAGCAGGCAGUCAACAACCGCCGCCGCCACAACCACAUACUUACUCCCAGAAGGCACUACUAUAG